AUGUUCAUCCAUGACUUGUGUAGUGAUAUGAUUGGCAAUGCAAAUGAUAUACCGGGAAAGGAAGGCAAUGGAGAGCCGGCGAAACCCAAAGAGAAAUACAACGGCAGUCAUAUGUUGCCCAUAAUGAUUGUGUUGGGCAUCAUGUUUAUCGGCAUGUGUGUCGCACUCAACCUAUUUAGCCGCGCACGUUUCCGUCAGAGUCGUAGCGGUAUUUUCUCGAAACCACAUCUCAUUAAAUUCAACAACAGCUCCAACUCUAACACCGCGAGUGGCAAAAAACGCCGCUCCAGUCCACCCAACCCUAACCGCGGACCCCCGGGUCCGCCCGGAGCCGGCGCUGUUGGCGGGGGCGGCGGCGGUGGUGUCGGCCCCAGCACUGCGUACACGAGCGCCAGCAUAUCGGCCCCCGACGCCGAUGUGGCUAAAAAUGGCUCAUAUAUAUCGAUCGCUUUGGAGUCCUAAACACACACACAUACAGGGUUUGACUGUACUAUACUUUAGUAUAUCCUGCGAUUUUUGGUUGGUAUUUAUUUUUGGGCGUUUGGAAUUCUACCUGGUCAC